AUGACUUCACGAAUCUCGCACGGCCAGCCACUACCCCCGGGCAUGACCACCGAACUUUCAGAUUUCGAUCAAGAAAGCCGUACACUCGGCUACGCCGCCUCAGCAGACCCCUACAAUCUAUCAUCCAAACUAAAAUCCGACGACGACAUUCGCGAGAUCAAAGCAAACUCAAAGCGCAAACGAGUCGGCAAGCGUAGCCUCUUCCCUCACAAAUCGCAAACCUCAAAACUGGUCGAAUUCUACAGCAGCCAAAACGAGCAGAUUGAACACUACUUGAAGCCAGUCCAUCAACAUGUCGCGGACGCAAGGGAAGCCGCGGAAUCAGAGCAGCUGAAAUUCAAAAUUGCGGUGUAUGGCUCUUUCGCGGCGAAUGUGUUUCUAUCAGGAUUACAGCUUUAUGGCGCGAUAUCAUCUGGGUCGCUUUCGCUGUUUACGACCAUGGCAGAUUCUAUCUUUGAUCCGCUGUCGAAUUUGACGUUGCUUUUGUGUCAUCGGGCUGCAAAGAAAGUGGACGCACGGAAGUAUCCAGCUGGGAAGUCGAGGAUUGAGACUGUGGGAAACAUAUUCUUCUCAUUUCUGAUGAUGUCUGUAUCUCUCAUCCUGAUCGCAUUCUCCUGCCAGGAAUUCGUCCGUCAAGACGCCGCAUCCUUCCAUCUACCCUCCGUCAUCGCAGUUUGCGUGGCAUUCACCAUCAAGCUCACCCUCUUCCUAUACUGCUGGGCACUACGCAACAAAUACUCGCAAGUCCGCAUCCUCUGGGAAGACCACAGAAACGACCUCUUCAUCAACGGCUUCGGUAUCCUCACAUCCGUCGGCGGUUCCAAAAUAGUAUGGUGGAUCGACCCCAUGGGCGCCAUCAUCCUCUCCUUCCUCAUCUUCUGCCUCUGGCUACACACCGCCAUCGGCGAGUUCAAGCUCCUGAUCGGCUACACCGCCGAACCCCAGAUCCUCAACUCGAUCACUUAUAUUUCCAUGACGCACAAUGAUAGAGUUAUUCGUGCCGUAGACACUGUUCGUGCUUACCAUUCGGGACCGAGACUGAUUAUCGAGGUCGAUAUUGUCGUUGAUCCUGAGGAGUCGGUCAGGCUGGCGCAUGAUGUGGCGGAGGAGUUGCAGUUUAAACUGGAGACGUUGCCGAAUGUGGAGAGGGCGUUCGUACAUAUUGAUUACGAGACUAGUCAUAAACCGGAGCAUGGGUUGAAAAAGGAUAUCUAG